UGAACCUAUAGUUUAAAUUUAAACUUUAUAGAGAAUUUGAAUAGUUGUGUGUCUUGUGACAUAAAAAAACAUAAAGAAAAGUUAAGUACAAGGAAAAAUAAACAUUAUUUAUUCCUCUCUAUCUCUCUCUCUCUCUCCACCUUUCCAUUUAUAUUAACCCUAAUAUUGUGUCAUUCUCAAAAAAAAAAAAGUUUUAUAAAGGUUCUCAACUCAAGUUCUCUUCUCUAAAAAACCCAAACAAUGGCCUCUGCAGACAAACUCAUAAACACAGAUGUCCCUGAAAAGGACGUUUUUGCCUUCCACUUCCUCCAAUCCCUCUCAAAUCUCAGAAAACAAAACCCUUUUGAUACUCCGGACCAAAAAAACUACCGCGUGAGGAAGAUCAAGAAGGCUGCGUACGUUUCCAUGGCCAGAGCAGCCGGAGGGAGUAGCCGGCUAUGGAGCAGAGCCCUCUUGCGUAGAGCAGACAAAGAUGACAACAAGAUCGUAAGAUUUUCAAGGAGGAAGUGGAAGAUAUCAUCAAAACGGAGGAGGAGUAACCAGAGAGCUCCGGUGGUGGAGGAGGCGGCGGAGAGGCUGAGGAAUCUUGUUCCGGGAGGCGGAGGAAUGGAGACGUCAAAGCUGAUGGAAGAGACGGCUCAUUACAUCAAGUGCCUUAGUAUGCAGGUCAAGGUCAUGCAGUGUCUCGUUGAUGGCUUAUCUCCCAAAUGAUCAUCAAUUAAUCAUCAACAUCAUCAUCAAUGAUCGAUGUAUAUAGAGAUACGACACAUACAUAGUCUAUUGGAUUGGGGUAAUCAUAACGAAUAUAUAUGUGUAUAUAUAUAUAUAUAUAUAUAUAUAUAUUCUUAUAUAUAUACAUACGUGUAAGAUAGGAUACAUAUAUGAAAUGUGUGGAUAUGUAUUAGUCUCGAAGUAACGAAAGAUUUUUUUCUUUUUCUUUUCUUGAAUUUUGAUAAAAGGGGAUUUAUUAUUUAUCAUAUGCUAUGGCCGGUUUAAACAUUAGGGCUUGGUAACUUGCCCUUGUCAUAUGAUAAAAGGGGAUUUAUUACUUAUCAUAUGCUAAGAGAAUUUUCUUUCUUCUUUUCUUUUAAGCUAUGCAAUUUACUUGGUUCCUCUUGAUUGUGUUAUUCGUCAAUGAUGUUUCUAUGGAUGGAUUAUAUAUAUAAAGUUAUAACAUAUUAGUUAUAAGAAAAUUAUAGCGGAA